AUGCAUAAUUAUGAUCUUAAAUUUUUAAAAUAUGCAAUUAAGCAUUAUAAUAAUUACAUAUUGGAUUAUUCAGACAUUGCUGAAAUUGUUAAUCUAUCUGAAAAUAAUGUAAAUAAACUUAAAUUGUUUAGAAAUUCAAUUGAACAAAAUCAGAUUAACCAACCAUUUGAAAAAUUAUUUAAAUCAGCAAUUGAACAAAAUAAUAUAGAUUUAUUAGGAAAGGUUUUUAACAAAACUAUUGAAACUUUUAAAGAAGACUCAUAA